AUCGCUUCGUGUCGCCGGCUGUCAGGGUGCUUACGUGAGUUGGUUGCGGGCGUGAUAGAGGCAUUUGGAGGUUCAACAGUGUAUAAAGCAUUGGUUGGGGGCGUGGAAGAAGGUUGAGUUUCGGAAGCAGGUGCAAGUUCAAGCACACAGCCCAAGAAGGGGGCCAGUCAGCAACACGCCAUCCAUUGCGUCGCAUCGCCAUGCUGUCCGUGAUCACCUGGCUCGCCGACACGUCGGUGUUUCGGUACCUGAGGACUGUCUCGGAUCUCUCCAUAUUGUAUGCCAUCAUCGUUUUUGCCGUGGCCAUCUUUCUAUGGGAAGAGUACCUUGCUUCCAGACAGAGAAAAGUACUGCAGACCGCGCAGAAAGUGCCGGCGGAUUUGGAUGGCGCGAUCUCAAGUGAGACGUUCGAGAAGGCCCGCUUAUACAAUAUCGACAAAAGCUUGUUCGAGUCCUGUCACAAUCUCUUUGAGAUCAUUCUGAGCACGAGUUUCCUGCUGUUGAACGUGCUGCCGCUGGUCUGGAGCCUGUCGGCGCACACCCUGCGCUGGGCGGAGUACGACGGCGAGAUCAAGCAGAGCAUGGUGUUCAUGCUGUACUCCAGCUUGCUCUCGACCGUCAUCGGCCUUCCCUGGAGCCUCUACUCCACCUUCGCCGUCGAGCAGCGGCACGGCUUCAACAAACAGACGCUGGGAUUCUUCGCCAAGGACAAGCUGAAGGCGUUCCUGGUCAACCAGCUGAUCAGUCUGCCGAUCGUGGCAAUGAUCGUCUAUAUCGUCAAGGCUGGUGGCGACUACUUCUUCCUCUAUCUCUGGCUGUUUUGCUUCGUGGUGCUAAUGUUCCUGAUGACCAUUUACCCCGAGUUCAUCGCGCCUCUGUUCGACAAGUACACGCCGCUGCCGGAGGGCGAGCUGCGUGAGAUGAUUGAGGCUCUGGCCGCCCGGCUGCACUUCCCGCUCAAGAAGCUCUACGUGGUGGAAGGCUCGAAGCGAUCGGCGCACAGCAAUGCUUACUUCUACGGCUUCUUCAACAACAAGCGCAUAGUGCUGUUCGACACCCUACUGGAGGACUGGGAGAAAACCGAGAAUGACACGGACGAGAAGAAGGAGAAGGACAUGGAGGAGAAGGACGCGAAGCCCGAGUCCGCAAAGGACGAGAAGCCCAAGUCCGCGAAGGACGAGAGCGGCGAGAGGACUGGCAGGAAGAAGGGUUGCAGCAAUGAAGAGGUGGUGGCCGUCCUCAGCCAUGAGCUCGGCCACUGGAGCAUGAACCACGUGUUCAAGAACAUUGUCGUCAUACAGAUCAACCUGCUGCUGACAUUCGUGGUGUUCGCGGCGCUGUACCGCUACCAGCCGCUGUACCGAGCCUUCGGCUUCGGCCAGUCCAUGCCGGUCAUCGCCGGCUUGGUCAUCAUCCUGCAGCACGUGUUCGCGCCGUACAGCACCCUUUUCAGCGUGCUCGUCACCAUGAUGUCGCGAAGGUUCGAGUUCCAGGCCGAUCAGUUCGGCAAGCAGCUCGGGUACGCGGCGCUGCUGAAGGCGGCGCUGAUCAAGCUGACAGCCGACAACCUCAGCUUCCCCGUGUACGACCGGCUGUACUCGGCCUGGCACCACUCGCACCCGCCGCUGCUGCAGCGGCUUGCCGCCCUGCAGAAGACCGAGUAGCGGCGCCGGCGGUGGUGUUGCAGGCGGGACCGAUGCGCUGCGGACGCCCGGUGGGCCAGCGGCCUGGCCCGGCCGGCG